AUGACGAGCUCUAGAUCAGGUCCGACGGGAGGAGGGGGUAGAUCUGUGACUCGGAUGCCUGAUGUCACAUCUCGUCGGGUUAAUGAGAAACCAAUGACGGUGGAGUUUGAUCCCCGAACAUUUGUGCCUAUUGGGGCACAUGCAGCAUCGUUCAAAAGUUACUUGGGCGUGAUGGCAAAAGCACAUGUCCCUAUUGUCGCUACCUGUUGGGAUGAUGUCCCACAGGUUGACAAAAAUCUACUAUGGCAGCAUAUUUUGGAAAAUUGGAAUAUCCCUAAUGAUGAGAGGAUAAGGAAGAAGAUUUUAUCCCACAUUGCAGUCCGGUGGAGGGACUUCAAGACGAGAAUGACACAUCAAUACGUCUUUGGCUCUAAACAGAAUAACACUCCUUAUAAAAAAUAUAAAAUAACUGAGGAGGAGUGGGUGCAGUUUAAAGAAUCUAGACUUACUCCUGAGUGGCAGGUGAAAAGGAUAGCCGCCCAGCAGAGGCAGAAGCUUAAUGAUACAUCACACGUACUGUCACGUGGUGGUUAUGGGUUAUUAGAGAAAAAGAUGAGAAAACGUCGCGCUGAGGAGUUAGGUCUUGAGUCACCUGAUCUAGCACCUCCACCAGCCAGACAUGAAUUAUGGAAGGCUGCACGGACAAAGUCCAAUGGCCAGUUUACAUCCCAGUCUGCUCAGGAGAUAUCCCAGAGAAUUAGUCAAGGCACAUUUGUGGCACAAGGUAGGGAGGACCUCCUAGUAACAGCCAUAGGUCGGCUAGACCGUCCAGGUCGUGUGCGUGGUGUUGGAGGAGCUGUUGGAUUGAGGGACUACUUUGGCCCUAAACCAAGAAGCACAGAAGUCGUGACUCGGGAAAUGUAUCAGUUUUUGGUUGAUGAGGAUCAUCCGCGCGUAGUGGCCAUGGGACGAUAG